AUGGUGUGUCCAAAUCCCAUUCCUUGGGUUUUGGUGAUACUACUGAUUAUUUCUGGAUUGAUUUAUGGAUCUGGAUCUUUUGAGAAAAACCGACAGAAAAGGACCCUCUAUGAGGAACAGCCUCGCAUGUCAUCUGAAAGGGGCAACUUAAUUUUUCAUACUGGCUCAGCCAAAAAUAUUGAAUUCAGAACUGGAUUACAGGGCAGAAUAAGAAUUAAUGAAGAAGACCUUGCUGACACCUUUAGCCAGAUCAGAAAGAAUAAAGAUGAUAUUCUAGAACUAAAAAGAGUCACCAACAUCCCUCAAAACGUUUCCAAUCAGAUCACCUAUAUUCAUUCCAAGAUUGUGAAUCUUGAAGGCAGACUUCAAAACCUUGAACAGAGCUUCCUGAGAAAAGCCUGUAGUAGCAACCCUUGUCAGAAUUCUGGAACCUGUAUCAAUUUGCUGGAUGCAUUCUUUUGUCUCUGCCCCACCAACUGGCAGGGACCGUUCUGUUCUGUUGAUGUAAAUGAAUGCCAGGUUUAUUCUGGGACACCUCUGGGUUGCCAGAAUGGAGCUACAUGUGUAAACAUCCCAGGCAGUUACAGCUGCACCUGUUUGCCAGAAACAUAUGGACCCCACUGCGCAUCAAAAUUUGACGACUGCCAACAGGGAUCUACCGCUCUCUGUGCACAUGGCCACUGCCUGGAUGAAAACAGAGAGCAACAUAAUCAGCCAAAGUACAGCUGUAUUUGUGAUGCUGGCUGGAAGUCUCCGCCCGACAGUCCUGCCUGUAGUGUUGAUGUUGAUGAGUGUAGCCUCCCUAAACCUCCAUGCUCACUGAAUCCUCCUGUACAGUGCCACAACACACCAGGAUCUUAUUUCUGUGGUCCUUGUCCAGCCGGUUGGCAAGGGAAUGGCUACAGUUGUCAAGAUAUUAAUGAAUGUGUGAUGGAUAAUGGAGGCUGUUCAACCACCCCAUUAGUUCAGUGUAUCAACACAAUGGGGUCCUUCUAUUGUAGUCAUUGCCCACCAGGCUACCAAGGUGAUGGGAAAGUGUGCACCCAGAUUGAUAUUUGUUCAGUAAACAACGGAGGUUGUCAUCCACUUGCUGCAUGUACCAGUAGAUCAGGUCCUGUCCCUAAUUGUGACUGCCCAGCUGGAUUCACCGGCAACGGCUACGGCUCAAAUGGAUGUGUCGCACUCAGCAGCAUCUGCCAAAAUCAAAACCCUUGUCUAAAUGGAGAAUGCCUUGAUACACUCUCUGGCUAUCACUGCCUGUGUGAUCCUGGCUGGACGGGUGGCAACUGUACAGAAAAUAUUGAUGAAUGUUCCAGCAAUCCUUGUCAACAUGGGGGAAGCUGCAUCGAUGGGGUGAACGGCUACUCUUGUGAAUGUACAAAUACUUGGACUGGACCUGAAUGCCAGAGACCCCAACAAGUUUGUGGAGGUUUUCUUUCUGGCCUCUCAGGCUCAUUCAGCUAUCCAAAUAAUCCAGGCACUGAGCGAUAUGAUCACCGGGUCAGCUGUGCUUGGGUCAUUCGGACUACAUAUGACAAGAUCCUGCGUAUCACUUUUCCAUUCUUCCAUCUGGAGCAAAGCAGCGGCUGUAGGUCUGACUAUCUUCAGAUACAUGAUGGAGAGGCAUCAUCAGCCCAAAUGCUGGGAAAAUACUGUGGGUCGUCUCACCCUGAUGAACUUUUCAGCAGUCAUAAUUCUUUGUAUAUCUGGUUCCGCUCUGACCACUCGGUUAACUCUGGAGGGUUUACAGUUCAUUGGGAAUCUCGGCUGCCUGAGUGUGGUGGUGAACUAACAGAUUCUUAUGGCUCAAUUAACUCACCUGGCUACCCAGGGAACUAUCCUCUCAAUAGGGAUUGUUAUUGGAUCAUCUCGACCAGUCCUAGUCUUCUUAUCACUUUUGCCUUUGGAACAUUGAGGCUUGAACACCAUAUUAAUUGCAGUCAAGACUAUUUGGAGAUUCGAGAUGGCCUCCUAGCCCAAGAUCCCCUCCUUGGAAAAUACUGUGGCACUUGGUCACCACCUCCUCUUCAAACCACUGGUCCAUAUGCCUGGGUUCACUUUCAUUCCAAUGCUGCCAACAGUGACAGAGGCUUCCAUGUCACGUACACUACAUCCCCCGCGGAUCCCAAUUGUGGAGGAAAUUACACAGAUAGUGUUGGGGUUAUCAUGUCCCCUUACUGGCCUAAUUCUUACCUCAGCAACAGGCAAUGCAUUUACAUCAUCCGACAGCCAGCCCUUGAAAAAAUCGUUCUCAAUUUCACACACCUGGAGCUGGAAAGUCAUCCUGGCUGCUCCUGGAACUUCAUAGAGAUCCGGGAUGGUGACACUGAAGCAGCUCCUUUGAUCAACAAGCUCUGUAGUAAUGUGUUGCCCUCCACUAUUGCUUCCAAUAGCAACAACCUCUGGAUCAAGUUUAAGUCAGACACCUCGGUCCAAAUGUCUAGCUUCAGGGCUCUCUAUGAAGUCGCUUGUGGGGGUGCCUUGUCUGGUGAAGGAGUCCUCAGAUCCCCCUAUUAUCCCAGGGCAUUGUCUCGUGACAAGAUCUGUGAGUGGAUCAUCUCUCAGCCUGAGGGCAAUGUCAUCAUUCUUAAUUUCACUGACUUUCGGAUGUAUAAUAUCACAACCUGUGAUUCAGAUUAUGUUGAGAUCAGAGAUGGAAACAAUGUGAAUUCUCCUUCUUUGGGGAAAUACUGUGGUGUCACUGCUCCAUCAAUCAUUCAAUCGACUCGGAACAAUCUCUAUGUAAAAUUCCGAGCUUCCUCUGUUACCAACCUUGGCUUCGUGGCUGAAUACAAACCUUUGGAUGCAGCAUGUGGAGGGACUCUCACAGAACCAGAUGGAACCAUCACAAGUCCUGGCUAUCCAGUCACCUACCCACAUGGUGUGAAAUGUAGAUGGACCAUCUUAGUCCAGCCUGGUUAUUUGAUCCGUCUGACCGUCACAUCUUUUUACUUGGAAUUUCAGUACAAUUGCAACAGAGAUUACCUUGAAAUAUAUGACAACAGCACUAUGACAAAACUUGGCAGGUACUGUGGGAGGUCCAUUCCACCAUCUGUUACCAGUAGCGGCAACACUUUGAUGUUAUAUUUUGUAACAAAUCGCAACACAGCCUCAGAGGGAUUUUCGGCCAAUUAUGCUUCACUGAAUGCUUCUGGAGUAUGUUCACAUGACUAUACCGAGGCAACCGGUGUGGUGUCAUCUCCAAAUUUUCCUAACCACUACCCAAACAGAAUGACCUGCAUAUAUAGGAUUACUGUGAGGACUAACAAACAGAUCGCUUUACACUUCACCAAUUUCUCUUUGGAGAGUGCAGGUUGUAGAAAUGACUACGUAGAAAUCAGAGAUGGUGGUUAUGAGACUUCACCAUUACUUGGGAAAUACUGUGGAAAUACAUUGCCUCCAAUGACUAUCUCACAUAGUAACAAACUAUGGAUCAAGUUUGUAAGUGAUGUAUUUGUCACCAGAACUGGAUUUUCAGCUUACUGGGACGGAACAUCAACAGGCUGUGGUGGAACUCUUACAACUUCUUCUGGAAUUUUCAUGUCUCCCAACUACCCGAUGCCUUAUCACCAUAAUGCAGAAUGCUACUGGCUGCUGAAGUCAAGUCAUGGAAGCCCCUUUGAAAUCCAAUUUGAUCAAUUUCAUCUUGAGGCUCAUGCAAGAUGUCAAUAUGAUUACCUUGAUGUCUAUGAUGGCAACAGUACCAGUGCUAGGAUGUUGGGCAGAUUUUGUGGGAAUCAGAUACCACCCACAAUCCACUCUACUGGGGACAGUCUAUAUGUAAAACUAAGGACAGAUGUUUCUUUGGGAGGUGGAGGUUUUUUUGCUCGUUAUAGACAAAUUUGUCAGGGAGUUGUAACAGCUAACCGUAGCUGGGGCAUCUUGGAGAGUUUAAACUACCCCAGAAACUAUCCUGCAAAUUCUUACUGCAACUGGACCAUCCAAGCGACAUCUGGCAACACCCUCAACUACAGUUUUACAGCACUUAGUGUGGAUGGAGGUGCAAACUGUGAACGUGAUAAUUUAAAGCUCUAUGACGGGCCUCAUGCCCAGUCCAGCCUGAUAGGCACUUUCUGUGGCAACACGGAUCUUCCAUCUGGAGGCACCCUAAGUUCUGCUCUACAUGUUGUAUUCUAUUCUGACAACAUAGCUGAAUCUGCUGGGUUCCAGAUGCUAUGGCAGGUAAACGGUUGUGGUGGGGAACUCAUUGGGACGUCUGGAACUUUCCAUAGCCCUGGAUACCCUAACAAGUAUCCUCACAAUAGGGAAUGUCAUUGGUUUAUUCACACAGCCCCAGGUAGCAGCAUCCAACUCACCAUUGUGGAAUUUGAUAUUGAAUACCAUCAAAGUUGCAACUAUGAUGUUCUAGAGAUCUAUGGUGGGCCUGACUUUUCUUCACCCAGGCUGACCCAGCUUUGCAUCCCAAGAUCUCCUCAGAAUCCUCUCCAUGUCUCAAGCACUGGUAAUACCAUUGCUGUCCGAUUCAAAACAGACAGAUCUGUGAAUGGAAAGGGGUUCAAUGCUACAUGGCAGGAGAGAGCUGGAGGGUGUGGAGGAAUUUUCCAACUUCCACAUGGUGAAAUCCAUUCUCCUAACUAUCCUCAACCGUACAGCAACAACACUGACUGUUCUUGGCUCAUCCAGGUUGACAGUGGCCACCAUAUUCUGUUGAACUUCACAGAUUUUGAACUAGAAUCUCAUCGUACAUGCACCUACGACUAUGUGGCAGUAUUCGAUGGGCCUAAUAAUAAUGCUCCACUUCUUCGAAAAGUCUGUGGGAGGCUGCAGCCUUCUCCUAUAGCAUCCACCCUAAAUACCAUGUUUGUGCGCUUCCGCUCCGAUAGUAGUGUUCAUCACAGAGGCUUCCGUGCUCUUUUUGCUGAAGCAUGUGGAGGUGUCUUAGAAGCUGAUUCAGUUGGUGCAGCCAUUUCUUCUCCCCUGUAUCCAGCCAAUUAUCCAAACAAUCAGAACUGCAGUUGGAUUCUUCGGGCGCAGGAGCCAUUCAACCACAUCACAUUGUCAUUCGCUGAUUUUGCAACUGAAGACAUCAGGCGCAAUUGUACCACAGAUUAUGUGGAAAUUCGAGAAGGGGAUAAUUUUGAUGCACCUCUGCAAGGGCGAUAUUGUGGCACUACUGUGCCACAUCCCAUUACUUCUUUCGGCAGAGUUUUAUCCAUCAGUUUCAUUUCUAAUACUGCUGUUACUGCCAAAGGGUUCCGUGCUACUUUUGCUGCAUCAACAUCAGCCUGUGGGGGUGUCUUCCAUAUGGAGAGAGGAGCCUUCAGCAGCCCCAGUUUUCCCGAGCCUUAUCCACCGAAUAUUGAAUGUGUCUGGAACAUUCCAAGCUCCCCUGGCAACCGGCUCCAGCUGUCUUUCACGGAAUUUCAGAUGGAAGAAAGUGAAAACUGUGCCAAGGACUACCUAGAAAUUUGGGAAGGUAUUCUUGGUGGACAGCUGUUGGGGCGAUAUUGUGGAAACUCCUUACUGAUGAAUCAUACAACUAUCACUGCACACUUUUUGUCAGUUAAAUUUGUCUCAGAUGGCUCAGGCGGUGGAAUGGGCUUCCGGGCCACAUUUGCUCACUUGUUUGGAAAUAACCUUGUGGGAAGUAGUGGACAAAUAGCCUCUCCACUUUGGCCUAGAAACUACCCUCACAAUUCCAACUACCAGUGGACAAUAACUGCUAAUGUAACCCAGUUGAUUCAUGGCCAACUUCAACAGAUGGAUAUUGAGGAUUUCAGCAGCUGCCGCUAUGAUAAGCUGAAGGUCUAUGAUGGGCCCAACACACACUCUCGUCUCAUUGAAGUAUACUGUGGAACAACCCUUUCUUCUUUCACUUCCUCUGGAAGCUCUGUUACUCUUCAGUUCAUCUCUGAUUUUUCUGUAAAUGGAAAGGGUUUCCUUUUGGAUUGGAAUGUUGUGGAAGCUCCUACAGACACUGGACAUACUAUUCCUACAGGUGCCUGUGGAGGUGUAGCAACAACCAGCGAAGCACCUUUGUUCCUGUUCUCGCCAGGCUGGCCCUCAGACUACAGAAAUUUGGCAGACUGUAUAUGGGUUAUCCGAUCACGAAGCUCAACAGUGGAAUUCAACAUCCUGGCUUUGGAUAUUGAGACUCAUGGCUCAUGCAACUACGAUAAACUUGUCUUCAGAGAUGGAGACAACAGCCUUGCCCCUGUUCUCUCCACUGUAUGUGGCCGUGAAAUUCCUGGACCAAUAAGGUCAACCGGGGACUCUAUGUACAUUCACUUCACUUCAGAUGAAAGUAUCACUGGUGCUGGGUUUAAUGCUUCUUUCCACAAAAGUUGUGGUGGCUACUUGCAUGCAGACCGAGGUGUGAUCACUUCACCGCACUAUGCCCAAACCUAUCCUCCUAACCUUAAUUGUUCCUGGCAUGUUUUGGUUACUCCUGGAUUCAUAAUCGGUGUUCAUUUUGAAGAGCCAUUCCAGGUGCUGAAUGAAGAUGCUUCCUGCAGCCACGGAGAUUAUGUUGAGCUUAGAAAUGGACCAGAUCUCUUUGCCCCACCAUUAGGACCCAGUGGAGGGAAUGGGCGUUUUUGUGGUAGCAGCGCCUUUUCUACCAUGUAUACCUCAGAUAAUCAGCUGUUUGUCUGCUUCACUACUGACAGCCAUAACGGAGGACAGGGAUUCAAACUCAAGUAUGAGGCAAUGGGUCUGGCCUGUGGAGGGAAUGUUUAUAUCAGUCAAUCCAACCCCUCUGGAUUUAUCUCUUCACCGAACUAUCCUGGAAAUUACCCACCACAUGCUGAUUGUGUCUGGACUGUAACUGCACUCUAUGGAGAGGCAGUAGAGUUGAAGUUUGAAGAUCAUUUUCAUAUUGAACCUUCACCUAAUUGCACAUUAAGUUAUCUUGAAUUACGAGAUGGAGCUGACUCCAGUGCACCUCUUAUUGCACAACUCUGUGGAAGUUCUCUGCCAGCCAUUCAAAGAUCUUCUGGUGCUACCCUAUAUAUAAGAUUUCGGUCUGACAGUACAGAUACACGGGCAGGAUUUAAUGCCAACUAUUCAAGAGCUGCAUGUGGUGGAACACUGACAGGGCAAAAUGGGCUCAUCAAAAGUCUUGGAUUUCCUGACGUUUAUUAUCAAGACAAUUUACUGUGUGAAUGGUUCUUCCGUGGGCCUAAAGGUCAUUAUCUCACCAUUAGCUUUGAAGCACUAGAUAUCCAGAACUCAACAGAGUGCACAAAUGACUAUUUGGAAAUUCGAGAAAGAGAUGCUUCAGGGAAUUUACUAGGUAAAUACUGUGGUGCUACCAUACCCAGUGCCUUGGACACACCUGACAAUCUGGCUUAUAUCAAGUUUGUUACAGAUGACUCUGUAAAUGCACCAGGCUUCAGGUUGCGUUUUGCUGCUAGUUUUCAAGAGUGUGGAGGUGAACUCGGUGGUACUGCAGGAACAUUUACCUCCCCAAACUAUCUAAAUCCAUCUCUACAUAAACUCAAGUGUGAAUGGAGAAUUGUGGUACCAUUGGGACGUCGGGUCACUUUAACUAUUCAUGACAUGCAUUUUGGAUUCAGUGAGAAUUGUAGUUCAGAUUAUGUGGCUGUUUAUAAUGGUAUGGGAGAAAAUGCUCCUCAGCUAGCUAAACUAUGUGGUGUGGUGAAUCCAGGUGCUCAGGUGAAAGCUUCUGGAAACAAGAUUACAGUGAUUAUGGUAACAAGCCAUAACGAAGCAGAGGAAUAUUUUAGGAUUGCCUAUGCUUCUGAUGAAGAUGCAGUGUGUGGUGGACUCCUGCUCAGUUCCAAGGGUGGCAACCUCACUUCUCCUGGUUAUGAUGGCACCAGCAAUUAUUUAAACAACCUGAACUGUGAAUGGGUCAUCCAGAAUCCACAUCCUUCCAUCACAACCAUUUACCUUUCCUUUGGAGAUUUCCACUUGGAGGAGCACAUUAAUUGCCAGAAUGACUACUUAGAGCUUCGACUGGGGGAUGCUGGUGGAGAGCUCUUGUACAAGCUGUGUGGCUCUAGGGUACGCCUAGAGCCUCUUUUGGUGGCAGCUCCUCAGAUCUGGAUGCAGUUUUUGAGUAAUGCUGAAAGCUCAGACCGAGGGUUCUUUAUCCACUACUCAUCUCUAGCCUGCGGAGGCAUAAAGGAAGCUGAAAGUGGGAUUAUCUCCAGUCCUAAUUACCCACAGCCCUACAACAGUUCUAGUCAUUGUUCCUGGCUCUUGGUAGCACCAGAGGGACACACCAUCAAUCUUACCUUUGUGGCCUUUGAAGUUGAAAGGCACAUCAGCUGUGGCUGGGACUCAGUCACCAUCCUGAAUGGAGGUUCCCUUAGCUCUCCUGUCAUUGGACGGUAUUGUGGAAAUACAUCACCUGGCACCAUCCAGUCAGGCUCCAAUAAACUACUAAUAAAUUUUAAUUCAGACCACUCUGUGCAGGGAGAUGGUUUCUAUGCCACAUGGACUGCAGAUUCUUUAGGGUGUGGUGGUAUCCUUCAUUCAGAUAAUGGCACCGUCCGUUCUCCUCACUGGCCACGUAACUUCCCUAGUAACAUCAGAUGCACGUGGACAAUAAUUGCUCAUAGAAGCAAACAUUUGGAAAUGACAUUUAACGAGAACUUUCAGAUUCCAGAUACUAACGGACAGUGUCAGAACAGCUAUGUGAAGGUGCUGAAGGGAAGCAAUGAAGAACAGGAGGAUGCAGUUUUAGCCACUGCGUGUGGAAAUUCAGCUCCUGUACCUGUUGUCGCCCCAAGAAAUGUGAUAACAAUAGUGUUUCAGUCACAGGACACUGCAGGCCAUGGCUUUUCUGCAUCAUAUAUAAGCAGGUGUGGAGCAAAUUUCACUGCUCAAUCAGGUCAGAUUGUGUCUCCUAACUUUCCCAGCCAGUAUGACAACAACCUAAAUUGCAGUUAUAUCAUAGAUGCCGGACCCCAAUCUGUUGUUAUCCUGGAAUUUGAAAGUUUUGAUUUGCAACCUCCUGCUACAUUAAGAAUGUGUUCUUAUGAUGGAGUGAAGAUCUUCAAAGGGAACAGUGUUAAUUCAUAUCCUGUGGAAACCUUUUGCGGUAAUGAAGUCCCUGAGCCUGUCAGCGUCAUUGGUUCCACACUAUUGAAUUUCUACACAGACUCCCACACUGUCGGCAUGGGAUUUUUGGCUACCUACAGAAUAAUCCCUUGUGGUGGUAUUUUCAAUAGCUCCUUGGGCACAAUUGGGAGUCCGACCCAUUCUUUUUCUGAUUACAAUCACAAUAUGAAUUGUUCAUACCAUAUCACCGUUAGAAGAAACAAGAUUGUGGAACUCAAAUUCAACAGUUUCCAGCUCGAGGCCUCUUCGUCUUGCCACAAAGACUACAUUGCUGUGUACGAUGGCCCAAAUGCAGUUGCUCCGCUUCUUGGAAAAUUCUGUGGAGGUACACUUCCUCCCACAAUCAGGAGUUCCACAAACAACUUAUUCCUCGUGUUCAAGACUGAUAGCUUCGAAGCUGCUGAUGGAUGGAAAGCAUCUUUCAGAGAGACAAUAGGUCCUCAGCAAGGUUGCGGUGGUUAUCUGACAAACUCCAGUUACACCUUUGGCUCUCCAGACUCCAACAAGGAUGGCAAAUAUGAUAAAAAUCUAGAAUGUGUGUGGAUUAUAGUCGCAGCUGUUAACAGGCUGAUCAACCUGACAUUCAACACUUUUGAACUUGAAGCAGCAUCUGCUUUUCAAAACUGCCGAUUUGACUACGUCAAACUGUACGAUGGCAGUAAUGACGAUGCCACUCUAGCCGGCACGUUUUGUGGCUCCAGCGUUCCUGCUCCUUUUAUUUCUACUGACAACUUCUUGACUAUUAAGUUUGUCACCGACAGGUCGGUAGAAAGAGCAGGCUUCAGUGCUACCUACACUACAGUAGAAAGACUAUGUGGAGGUACAUACAAUGCAACUUCUGUCUCCCAAAGUGCAACGUCACCCUACUUUCCACAUGCAUAUCCUGCCUUUACAGUUUGUAGAUGGGUAAUUGAUGCCCCUCCUGGACAGCAUGUCAAACUAGUGGUGCAGGAAUUCCAUCUUCAGGCCAGUCAGGACUGCUCUCAGAAUUACUUGGAAUUCCAGGACUCACCUCAAGAACAUGCUGACCGUGUCCACAGAUUCUGUGGAGAUGAAAAUUUCACAAUCCCUGAAUUUUAUUCUUACAGACGAACUGCCAUUAUAAUUUUCAGGUCAGCAGCUUAUAUGACUCACAAUGGACUCAGCUUCUCUUAUAAAGCUUCAGGCUGCAACAGGGAAUACAAUCAAUCAUUUGGCUACCUGAAAAGCCCAGGCUGGCCUGAUUCUUAUCCUAAUAAUUUUAAUUGUACUAUUAUUCUACGAGCCCCCCAAAAUCACACCCUCUCCCUCUUUUUCACUUCAUUUAAUCUAGAGGACAACGGAUGUCAGCAUGACUUCUUAGAGGUCAGAAAUGGUAGUGAUGCAAGCUCUCCAUUGCUUGGCAAAUAUUGUGGAAACACCCUACCCGACCCAGUGUUUCCUAAAAGCCAUGUUGUAUAUCUACAUUUCGUAAGUGAUGCCCUACUUUCCAAUACUGGAUAUGAGAUUACGUGGACUUCAUCACCAACUGGAUGCGGUGGCACUUUAUAUGGCGAGGCUGGUUCCCUAACUAGCCCGGAGUACCCAGCAUCUUAUCAGAAUCAGACAGACUGUGAAUGGAUCAUCAAAGCCCCCAAAGGACGGAUUGUCACAAUAAACUUUGUUUUCAUCAGUAUUGAGGACGCAGGCGACUGUACUAGAAACUAUCUGAUCCUCUAUAAUGGACCAGACAGUAGCCACCCACAGAUUGGGCCAUACUGUGGAAUGGAUACAAACAUUGCUCCAUUUACUGCUGCAUCCCAUCAAGUGUUUAUCAAAUUCCAUUCUGAGUAUGUAACACAGCCAUCAGGAUUUCGGCUGACCUGGAACAGCUAGAAUAUUUCUCCUAUGAAAAUAAAAUACAUUCACUCAGCAUUCUGUUGUACUGAAAAGACUCUAGGGUUCAUUACAAGAAUGUAAUGGUGUUCAUGACGGCACAAUAAAAUUAUUUGUAGGCAA